AUGACUCGGCGUGACGCUAUAGAUUCCGCUUGUCUUAUCGUCGGCAUUAUCAGCUCGGAAGUCUCGACUCUCGACUUCUCGCUCAAAAGCUCUCCGAAUCUACGAAUCUGUGAUAUCUCAUCUAAGAGGACAGAAGAAGACUCUACGCCUAGACAUGGAUAUGGACCGCUACUUGACUCUCUCUUUGCUUGCCAAACGCCACUAAUGCGUUUCGUAUUUUCUGCUACCCUGACAGACGUAUUUAGUAGAUUUGUAGAUAUAAAUAUAUCUGUUCCGCUUGGCGCCUAUACCGACACUCUAAUGCACAGCAGCUCAUUCAACGACCCAAUCGAGGUACAUCCGAUUCCGCACGGGACGUCGGAUCUAUGGACUACCUCAAAUGAGUGUCGAGAAACGCGUUCGGACAUCUCCUUAGCUCCUUGGACCCCUAACUUCCUGGCUUCUAACUUCUCGUCUGCGGAGUCGACUGAUCUCGUCCGCGAGAUGGAUUUAUUGGGAAUCUGCUUCUCCCUCUUCUUCCUUUCUUCGGCGUCUGCGGAACUGAUUGCUUUCGUACAGGAGGUUGAUCUCUCAGCAUUGGAUUCGACAUCGGGUCUUAGCUGUACACGAUCUUCCGAUGCUGAUGCUGGUUCUGAUUCUAGUAUACUUCCGAGCGCUUCCGCCUUCCUUGCCUCUCGCACCACAUCGUUACCUUACUUAGAAAGAGCCGCUAUGCUCGUAGCGCGUACACUCGAAGUUCCGAAUCCGAAGUUCCGAGCGAAAGAACCUUCGAGCUCGAAGCGCUGUGGUGGAUUACCUCCUGAAAAACUUCCAAUCGUCCUAGUGACCUACUCGAGUGACCCCCACAAUGGAGGCUCUUACCAUUCUGGAUUGACUGCGCAGACGUCUGGCUCUGGGCCGUUUAGAUCCACAUCAGCAAUGCCAGAGGAGAUGAUGAACUAG